AGUAUCAGCAUUCUUAUCAGGAACUCUCAACGCUCUCGCUUCUCGUUGAUGAAGCUAUCGCUGUUGCCUUUAGCCAGCGAACUAAGCUAGCAUUCAUUCCGGAUACAUCUGCUAGCGCGUAGUACUGCUCAGUUUUAGUUCUAUCGCAGCCAAAGACACAGCUAUCCUACACCGAGGAGUGUUUUCGUUGUUGGAUUGUGUGAUAGACAGGAAAUCGUUUCUACAACAAGAUUACUACAUCCGGUGCCAUACCGGUGCGUUUGGCGAAGAGACGUGCAACAGUGUGCGAGAGAUCCCACCCCGCGCAACGCUCCAACUAAGUAUGGGUCGUGCGGUGAAGCGAGUGACGUUCGGUGAGCGAGUAGCCUUCAGCUGUCUAAUAAUAGCCCUGCUGCUAACACUCUGCAUAGACGAUACGGCCAGUCAAAUAUCGCGCCGACGUCCCCGUAAUGACAAGUGCCCGAAGGUGCGUGCGAUGCGCAACUUUGGGCUGAACGCAAUGAUGGGCUCCUGGUACGUGAUACAGUACUUCGCGUCGACCGAGAUGUUUCCGGAGUAUGGCUGUAUGCGCAGCUCGUUCGUCACCUCGGACGGGUUCGUGACGAUGAACUUUACCUACGUGUUCCUGGAGGACCCGCAGGCCACCUUUCAACAAGGUAACAUCACCUGGAUCAUACCGGACUAUGCGCAACCGGCUCACUGGGUACACGCGGAAAGUAGCUACGAGGAGAUCUACAACACAUACGUGAUCGAUACGGACUAUCGCUCCUGGGCGCUCAUCAUGCACUGUGCGGAGAAGACCAAAUCGCAGAAGUAUCUGUCGGCGCUGAUGCUCGCCCGCGAACCGACGCUCGGUCAAAACGUGAUCAAUUUCUUACGCGAAAAACUGCCACGGUACGAUAUCGAUGUGGAAAACAUGUUUCCCAUACCGCAGGACAACUGUACCAGGAUGGGGGUCGAUGCAUACGCUUACUACGCGUACAACACGUCUUAGCAUGAUGCGAUUAAGGGGUUGAUUGGAUGCAGUUGUCAGUGAGUUUUAGUAGAUAAUAAUUGAAUAAAACGCCACACACAUGGGGACACUGUCCGCAGUAUGGAGAAGCGA